AUGUGUUCUCGAAAUGAAGAUAUUCUACUUGACAUUACGGUUUUACCAAAAGAUAUUUUUGAACGUGUUGGUCAUAAAUUUUAUGAUGUUGUUAAAUCAGUAGCAGGUGAUUCAUUAGCAAAGAUUUUAAAAAUACAAUUGAUUAACUCUGUUGGCAAAUUAUUGAAUACUCCUGAUAUAUUUGCAUUUUUUCAAUAUGAUUCAGAAGAAACUGAUGCUAUUAAACUUGAAUCGUGUUUUAAAUCUAAGACAGGACAAUUUAUUGUGAAGCCAGGUAUUCAAAGCAGUUUUUCAUAUUUUAUAAAUCUAUUGAAUAAAGCAUUAAAACAAAAACAAGAAUUAGCACCAAAUGAAAAUACUGAAAAUUAUUCAAACUAUAUAACUGAUGAAUUUCUUGAUAAUCAUCCAUUAUUAAAGUCAUUAAUAAAAUGGUAUCGAUUAAAUGAUUUAAAUGGUGUUAAACAAACAAAUCAAUUUUUAGUAUCAUUUAUAGACAACCUAAUAAACAACUGUACACAAUCCCCGAAUAACUUUAGACAUAGUGAAUCAAUUAAAAAUUUUGCCAUAUGCUUAUAUGUUCUUGGUGGCAAACAAACCUAUGAAUUUAUUCGUUUAAAUCUUUAUGGUUCUAUUCCUAAUUUAACAACACUUGGUGAAUUAAUUAAAAACUCAGACACUGCCUUUAGUGAAGCAGAAUUUAACUUUGAAUCUCUUCGACAAUGCCAUUCACAGUUUGGUUUUUGCUCUGAAGACACCACAGGAAUCAUUCGUAAAGUUGAAUAUGACUCAAAAACAAAUUCUUUCGUCGGGUUUGUGACUCCAAUUGAUCAUGGAAUUCCAUUACCAAAAUUCUAUCAGCCUAAUACGUUUAAUGAAUUGAGGACAAUUUAUGAAACGAAUGAAAUAGCAUCAUUGUUAAAUGUGCACAUGUUUCAAAGUAUACCAACUGAAGAUAAUGCAACACGUAUUCCAAGACCAUUGUUAUUAUCAGCGUACGGUGUUGACAAUAAAAUUACUGCAAUAAAUGUAUUAAAUCGAUGGAUGUAUAUUUUUCAACAUUGUUUGGAUCAAAAUGUCCGUAUUAUUGGAUUUUCUACAGGUAAAUUUUAA